CCCUCCGCCCGGGCCGCGCGCCCCGCACCCUCCUCCUGACCCAGACUCUCCCUGCCCACUCGCCUCCUCCUCCCCGCAGCCACCCCGGAGGGAGCUGCGAGUCGCCCCAGAUCGGGCCCUCCCGCCCUCCUUAAAAAAAAAACCGACUCCCGACCUGUCCCGGCCUCCUGGGUCUGCCGAGGAACCGGUAGCCUCAGGCCUCGGGCCGACCGUUCGGGCCUGCGGGGCGUCCGGGCGCCGGGCCAGAGGCGGGGCGGGGGCGGAGGCGGGGGCCUUUAAGAGGCGCGGCCCGGCGGGACCCGACCCAGACGCGGGCAGCGCCUGGACUCGCCGCCGCCGCGGGACUCGGGCAGCCCCGCAGCGCUCGGGCUCCUCCUCUCGCGACCGCCUUCGCAGCGAUGGACGGAGACGGUGACCCAGAGAACGUGGGCCAGCCCGAGGAGGCGAGCCUGGAGGAGCAGCAGGAGGAGGCGGGCGCCGGGGAGGAGCGGCCCGAGGAGGCGGAGGCGGCAUACCUGGACGAGCUGCCCGAGCCGCUGCUGCUGCGCGUGCUGGCCGAGCUGCCGGCCGCCGAGCUCGUGCAGGCCUGCCGCCUGGUGUGCCUGCGCUGGAAGGAGCUGGUGGACGGCGCCCCGCUCUGGCUGCUCAAGUGCCAGCAGGAGGGGCUGGUGCCUGAGGGCGGCGCCGAGGACGAGCGGGACCACUGGCAGCAGUUCUACUUCCUGAGCAAGAGGCGGCGCAACCUGCUGCGCAACCCGUGCGGGGAAGAGGACUUGGAGGGCUGGUGCGACGUGGAGCACGGUGGCGACGGCUGGAGGGUGGAGGAGCUGCCCGGAGACUGCGGGGUGGAAUUCAUCCACGAUGAGAGCGUCAAGAAGUUCUUUGCCUCCUCCUUCGAGUGGUGUCGCAAAGCGCAGGUCAUUGACUUGCAGGCCGAGGGCUACUGGGAGGAGCUGCUGGACACCACUCAGCCGGCCAUCGUGGUGAAGGACUGGUACUCUGGCCGCAGCGACGCCGGCUGCCUGUACGAGCUCACGGUGAAGCUGCUGUCCGAGCACGAGGAUGUGCUGGCCGAGUUCAACAGCGGACAGGUGGCAGUACCACCGGACAGUGACGAUGCGGGCUGGAUCGAGAUCUCCCACACCUUCACUGACUACGGGCCCGGCGUCCGCUUCGUCCGCUUCGAGCACGGUGGGCAGGACUCCGUCUACUGGAAGGGCUGGUUCGGGGCCCGGGUGACCAACAGCAGCGUGUGGGUGGAGCCCUGAGUGACCCCUCCUCCAGACUCCCCGAGCUGCCCUGCAGAUAGCCUUAGUCAGCAGCAUCCUCACCAACCCCCACCCCAACCCCGCACUCCUCUCCCGCCCCUCAUUCCAAGCCCAGCCCCCACACCGGGAGAGAGGGUUUUGUUGGCAUAUAUUUGCAUAUAUUUGCAUGUAGAACAGAAGAUGGGUGAGGGCAUGGGCCUGGGCCAGGCCCACCGCUGAAUCCCCCGCACCUAGCACAGUGCCUGCCACAAAGUGGGGCUCAAUAAAUAUUAUUUGUCCAAGAAAGGAUGAAUGAACAAACGGAUGAAUGAACACCCCAUCCGUUCGCAUCCUUCUCUGUCUCCUGAGGGCCCCUGGCCCAGCCUGGAAAAAUACUUGGUGGGGCUCCAGCUGCUCUGGUCUCCAAGGGCCCUUGGGCUGGUGCAGAGCCAGCCAGGCCUGGGCCAGCAGGACAAAGGCUGGGAUUGUGAGGCCAAGGAGCGGGGAGCUGGGCCUGGCGCCUGACUG